AAACUUGACAGUAGUAAGCCGGCGCGCGCACGCGUUGCAUGUUGCGCCGGAGUCGUUUAUUGCACGGUUUGAUUUGAAACUUUCGCGGCCGCGUUAUGAUACACGGUACCGAUAUACAGUUACUUUUCAUUAAUUAAAGUUUGCUUGUUUUUGUGUUUAAAAAAAAAGUGUUUUUCAAACUGUUGUCUGUUUUUUUCUUAUUCAGAUAUUAUUAAUGAUUUAAUGUGUAAUUUUUUUUAUUAUAUUGAUAGUGUACAUGCUGUUGUGAGUUUAAGAUACGCUGCACGUUGCAUUAUAGAAGAACGUUCACAUAAGUUGUAGACCAUGGCGCUUGUUCCACUGAUGGUACUGGCAGUAGUAGCGACAGUAGCCAGUUCGAUUCCCCGCCCACAGUACGGGUACUCGGCAGGUUUUUUACCACACUGCCCAGGCAUCAUGAAUAACUCCAGCAUCAGCGCUGGGAGCAUGCCCAAGCUGCAGGUGGUUCAUCAUCAGCUCGUCAACGGCCAGGUCACGAGGAGGUCCAUGUCAGUGCUGGCCGCUCCGAGGAUGCUGGCUAAGGACAAGCGAAUGGAUUUCGUGAAUAAGAAGACAGUCCUCUACGCCGUGGGAUUCCUGGACAGCGCGGUGUGGCCCCACACGCAGGCCGUCGGAACUUCUUACGCUAAACGCGGUUACAACGUGUUUAUCACUGAGACUUUUAAUUUUCUCACCUAUAUCUACCCCAAAUCCGUGCGUCUCACUCGAGUCAUCGGGCAGAAGAUGGGCGAGUUCCUAGUGAAACUGACGGAGCGUGGUCUGACGGCGGACAACCUGGAGCUGGUCGGGCUCAGCCUCGGCGCCCACGUCGUCAGCUACGCCGCCAAACACUUCUAUAAUGUCACCGGCACUAAACCUUCUAGGUUAACCGGCCUCGAUCCCUCCGGGCCCUGCUUCAAGACCAUGCCUCUCGAACACCGCCUCAACCCCUCAGACGCCGAGCACAUCGACAUCGUCCACACCAACAUCGAUGGCUUCGGCACACCAGAACCCCUAGGCCAUGUAGACUAUUACGCCAACGGCGGAGAGUAUCAGCCCAGCGACAUACCUUACUUACCUUGCCUGGUUGUCUGUAGUCAUUUGAAAUCUGUUCUAUAUUGGUGGCAAGCUUUAGAACAUCCCAAGAAAUUCAUCGGACAGAAAUGCGACUCGGUACAAGCAGCGAGAUAUAAUGAAUGCAACAGUACUGAGACGAAUGUCGUCGGAUUAGAAACUGAUUUUAGUAAGCGUGGUAUUUAUUAUUUGUCCACGUCGAAUGAGUUUCCUUAUUAUAGAGGUAAAGAAGGGCUGAGGCCUGAGAAUGAUAUUUCGACUAAUUUUUUGGAGAAAUUGAAUGAAGAGGAACUUGUUGUUUGAAUGAGAUAUGUAUGCCGGGGGCCGAUCGUAAAAUUAGGCCGAUCGUGAAGUUUUUGUCUAGGUAAUGUUUUAGGUUCUUUCAGAUGCCCCAAGGGCAAACUGUCCAGAAAUAGGACCCCACGUAACGGGAAUUUGCCUAGGAAUUUCACGAUCUGCCUGAUUUAACGAUCGGCCGACCACAUGUACACAAACAUUAAAACUGAAUGUAUAAGUAACUAACUGGACAUUAAAAAAACAUGUACCAUUUUCUUUUCUUCGGGAAACUAACAACUUUUGACUCAUUUCGACUAAGAAUUACGAGGAUGACGGAUUUUUGAAAAUAAGUUUCAAACCAAAAUACCAUAGUGAUAGAUAAUUAGUACAUUGUGCAACGAGGAGGGUAAGUAAUAUUUUGGAUAUGAGGGAAUUAAAGACCCGAGUUUGCAAUAUUUUUACUCCCGGAGUUACACACAAUGUUUUUUAUCACACUUGCGAAGAAAAAAACUAAAUUUCGAGUGAAAUAAUUCUUAAAUACGGUGACAUAUCAAACAUUCAUCCGCCAUUUUGUAAUUUAUUGACAGGUUAGGCGUCGAAGGCACAGCACAGACCUAUUCGGCAUUCAGCGACGAUUGAAAAUUAUGUGAAAAUAUUUUAAACGGCUGUUAAAUCAAUCAAAUUAAAUAAAUUUAAAACAUAAACAAAAAUAUUAAGUUAAAUAUAUACCUACGUCAGUAUUUUAAAAGUAAAACUCAUUUAUGCUACUUGGUUUGUAUGAAUAAGUGACAUAAUUUAAAAUAAAGCUAUAACUCCCUAGAGAGUUAUAGCUUUUUUCACAACCCAUAACUCCCGCGGGAACAAUAUAGGCUUUUGUCCUUCAGUACACCUGAAAGAAAUAGGAUCUUUUUCGAGCAAGUGUGAUGAAAAUAUUUUUGUAUUUUAUUUAUUUGCAUAAUCAGGUGCAUUACAAUACACAGGUGUUAUUUGUAAAGUAGGAGGUACAAUACCCUGUCAGGGCAUUCUAAAAAAUGAAAACCAGUAUUAUAAUAUCAUACAUAAAGGGAUUUUUUUGUAAACAGUCUUAAUUUUGUGUAGGGUCAUAUCAUUUUGAAAAUUAUGUCAAAUAUCUACACCGUGUUUUUAUUCCGUAACUCCGUAAUUCCGUUAACUUCAGGGUAUGGGUAAGUACGUCGAAGAAAAGUACAUGGCAUAGUUAAUAAAAAAAUGCUUUUUUUUAAUUUUAAUUUUUUGUAUAAGAAGUCAUUUAAUGUUGCUUAUAGCGUUGUUGUAACACGGGCAUUACAUUUAAUUACAAUCAAACAAUUGAAAACUGUGACAUAUCAAUGUCAUUUCGAUCGAAAAUCGAUCGUCCGAGAUAGUACUUAGGUUUAGUAGCAAAUGUAUAAACUCGUAAUUAAAACUAAUCAAUAUGUAAACAGGCCCUAAGGCAAGUGUACACGCUCGUGGGGGCCUUAUCAGAUAAAAAUACAAUAUCGAUUAUCUCCGAAAUGGAGCUAAUUAGAAUACCGGUGUCUCUGGGAAAGUUGCCUAUAUUAAGCUCAGGAAUGCACCCUUGAAAUCAACGAAAUAAGUUUUUGGCAAAAAUUUAAUUUUUGGUACAAGCUUUUAUCGCUGACUGUACUUUUUUUUCUACAGGCUACUCAUCAAGAUAAUUCUAUAAAACCCAAACACAAUUAGGUUGCGUUGUUUUAUCACAGAGUUCCUAUGGCUACUUCCUGUCUCCAUCAUCAGAUCAACUUGAUGGUACCAUAAUAUUGCAUUGUCACCCGACUUACAUAUGUAUGCAAAUUUUCAGCUUCAUCGGAAACCGGGUAGUGGGUCAAAUUUAACUUGCAAGAUUUGUCCCAUACAUACUAACAGGGCAAGUUAAAUAAAAGCUUGUAAAAAGAACACGGUGUAUAUAUUAGGAAACAAAAUUAGUUUUUUUUAACACUACACGGGUAUUCAAAGUAAAACAAUUUAUAUUGUAACAUGUCAAAAGAAGAUUAAUUAAGUAUAUAAUAGGGUUGUUUCCAAUUUUUCGAAACGCUUGUAUUACGUUCUAUAUUAACUAAAAGUUGCCCUAAAAUUCUACUUUUAUACUAAAAACGGCUUUAAAUAUGUUAAAUUAACAAAAUAUAUUUUGACAGAUGAUUUCGCGCCCAAAACGCUCUUUAAAAAUUGUGUGACGUCACAGUUUACGGUUUGACACAACUACAUACACACGUAGAAGAUACGAACUGUCAACUGACAUUUGUCAUUUGUUGUUUAUCGCCUAACUGUCAACAGUGUCAAUCCGAGAGUUGUGACGUCAUCAGAAUCUUCAAUGAAGUUUCGAGUUUGGUCACGUGACGUGUGCCAAAAGAUAUUUUAAAUUGAAUAUUUACAAAAAUAUGAUCAUUACAGGUCCCCUAAAAGUAGUUUAACAUGAUCUUAUAAUCCAAAAGAAUUUAUUGGGAUACAAUUCUGCCCUAAGAUUUGUAGAUGGAAACAACCCUAUUCAAUAGAUAGUAAAUUCCAUAUAAUUCCAUAGAAUUGUGUUCUAAGUUCAUUGCCAAUUGUGAUAUUAGUUAUAUUAUUAACUUAGUAAGUGUUAUUUUAAACGUCUAACUACGUCUAACGUCUACUAUGAUGUUUAUUUAACACUUGCACCGUCUGGCUUGGUCUGACUCUAACACCGCACCGGUUUAAGAAGUCAGUGUGGGGGCGCCACCUAAGUAUUAAAUUCCUAUAAAGUGGGUGACGUGGCACUACCACACUUUGCCACUGCCAAAUCGAUGCAUAUAAAAAUAAGUAAUUAAGUAAGUAAACACUUUAUUGUACGAGAAGAAAGAAUUAUUGAUUACAUCAGAUAUAACAUAAUUGUGUACUACAAAGGCGAACUUAUUCCUAAAAGGGAUCUCUUCCAGUUAACCUAACAAUAAUAAGUUAACCAAAUACAAUAUGUGUAUUUAUAUAAUUCCUGUAAUUUUAUUUUUCAAUGUUAUUUAAUUAAUAAAAUAAAGAUUUUCAUAAAAAAAAACAAUCUAAAAAUUGCUGCCACCUUAGCUUGGUCUGACCUGACUCUAGCUUAGACGAAUUUUAGUUAAUGUUAAAUUAAUAUUACAAACUUUAAUUAAUGUAAAAUUAAUAUUAAGAAUAUUAGUUAAUGUAAAAUUAAUAUUACGGAUUUUACUUAAUGUAAAAUUAAUAUUUUUGUAAGAUAACAUACGCAAUACGCAUAAACGCGAAACUGGUCAAGUGCGAGUCACACUCGUAGAAUAAAUGGUUCCGUAUUCACACAGAUUAGAUAUAUAUCAUUAGUACAAUAUUUUUAUUGAUAAGCAUGGAAUUUAACAAUAAUUGUAGUUUUAGUAAUAUUAUACCGUUGAGACGAAAGUGGAGGUCCCGCGUGAAAUUGCCUUUUCAUACAAAUGUAGUCCUCAUUUUCCUCUCUGGAUGUUAACAUUAUUGAUAAUAUAUUGACACAAUUUGUUGUAUAUCAACCGCAGCCAACUAACUAACUAACUUCAACUUACUUUUGUAUAAAAAAGUGACUCGCGUUACGUUUUAAGUGAAACAAUUGAAACUAUCAAUAUCUAUUUUAUUGUAUGUUUAGGUAAGUAGGUUUAUUUUUUGUGAAAUUAGUGAUGCCCCAAAUCUGUAAUUUUAUUUUAUGUUUGUAGUAGGUACAUAAUAUUGUAGUAGACUAGUUGCUAGUUUCAUUAUGUAACAGAUAUUGCAUUACGUUACAGGUUAAAAAUGCUAGAACUUAGAAAAAAAAUGUAACUAUCUUUGACUAUAAUAGGCAGUUACCACAUUUUUACCCUGGGAAUGCAAAGUAAGCAAUUAUAGAGAGGUUAAGGAUUAAACUUCGCUAUUCUAUGCGUUCAUCUCUUACGUCAUGGCAAACAGCCGGUUUAUAAUAGUAUUUUUUACAGCCUACUGUCCCACUGCUGGGCCUUUGUCUCCCCUCGUUUUCACCACUUUACCCUGUCGUCUGUUAUUUCCCACCAAUCCGGGUAGAAUGCGUUUUCGCCAUCUCCUUUUCGGUCUGCCUAGCACGCUAGCCUUCAACAUCUGUGGCAGGGGCCCGAAAUUUAAUGACGGACUGCGGUCCGGAUCCAGACCGAUUUUCGAUUCCGUACCCAAAGGGUAAAACGGGACCCUAUUACUAAGACUCUGCUGUCCGUCCAUCCGUCUAUCUGUCACCAGGCUGUAUCUCAUGAACCGUGAUAGCUAGACAGUUGAAAUUUUUACAAAUGAUGUAUUUCUGUUAUCGCUAUAACAACAAAUACUAAAAAGUACGGAACCCUCGGUGGGCGAGUCCGACUGGUAAUGGCCCUCUUGAUUCUUCAAAAACGAAUGAGAAAGUUGCAUUUUAUCCACAUGUGGGUCAAGACAAAUGCAAAUUUUGAGUUGUUUCUUUAUGUUAGCUACGUAGAAUUGACUUUUAAUUAUUUUAAACUUGGAAAUAAUUUGGUUUGAUGUUAUUGGUAUUUUAUAGUUAAUAAUUUCCUAGCGUUAGUGUGGUGAAAUUUUGUGUUUCACUCGGAGGCCUAGUUUGUUUAACCCUCGCUUGAAACCACCAAGAUUCCACUUCUCGAACCACUCGCUAUUACGCUCGUGGUUCCAUUUAAUUGGAAUCUUUCGCUUGCUCGGGUGUCAAUAUUAGCACGAACGGUUAAACAACAACUUUGGCCCCUUGUAAAACAAAUAGCUAUUAAUCAUUUAAUUAACUCAAAUAGAAAUGGACCGCGAUGAUUAUAUUAUUUUAAAAACCCCUUAAGAAACUAAAUGGUGACCCCUGAUCUAUGGUGUUCCAUGGGGGUAACCAUUUUGAUCCACGUUUUCGGGUGCAUGCGGCAGACAGUUCCAGCCUAUAGUAUUAUUUACAACAAAUUUCUUCCAGUCAAUAGUCGCAAAUUCCAGUCUGUUGUAUAUACUCUAUAUCUUUAGGUAUUUAAAUAAAAAUAAACAAAUAAAUACACAAAAUACAUUUUCGUGUAGUUAUACCUUAUAUUUAUUGGUUAACCAACCAAAUACAAAACCGCCUGGAUAUGUCACUGGACGACCGACUUUAACCUACAUUAUUUGAUCAUGUAAUGUUUUCAUCUACCCUCAACUGGCUUUAGGAGCCACUCGGUUACAAUCUCUAUAUUUUGAGAUUAUCUUAACUAAGUUUAGACUUAAUUAUAUAACUAUGGUACAUAUACACGUAUUUUUAAGUAGGAUUUCUUGUCUUUUUAAGAUUGUAAUUUACUUAGAGGGGCGCAAAGUACCUUAACAUAUUUUUCCACACCAACUCGUAAAGGCUCUCUUUAUUCUUCAAAAACGAAUGAGAAAAAUGCAUUUUACCACAAGAGCGGCUACAUUUAAAUUGUUUCCUCAUAUUGGCUGGUGGAAUUGACUUAAGCGAUGAUUUUGAGUAAUAAAUAUUUAAUAAAGUUCAUUUGGAUUUGAUUUGUAAUGUUUAACAAUUAUUUUCUUCGUGUUGGUGUAGUGAAAAAUGUAAAUGUUGUGUUUAAAUUUCUUUUAACCAUCGUGCCUUGAUUGUUACCCUCGCAAGGCUCAAGAGUCCAAUUUUCUCUACGCUCGUGAUUCAAUGUGUAAUCUUUAGCUUGCUCCCGGGUAUCAAUGAAGGAGAUAAACAACAACUUUGGUCCCUUAAAAACUAAUGACUAAAGAAGUGUCUUCACUUUUGGCAAAGGGGUUAAAAUACUUUUCGUUGUCUUGGUUUUGGUCCCCGAAAAAUGUGACGAAGUGUAGCUUUUAAUAUGAGAUGAAAAUUAUUUUUUAAUUUUACUCAUCGUAAAUGUAAUCUAAAUAGACAUAAAAUAGCACUUUAUUAUUUUAUUUGAUAAAAUACAGAAAUACAAUCGUGACAGAGUGGUCCAAAACAAGAACGAAAUAAUUUCGACCCAAAGACAGUGCAUGACUGUAAAUUAAAUUAAUCUUAUAAAUUGGUAAAUAAUGAUUAUGUGUGAUGUGAUACUAAGAGUGAUUCAAAGAAAAUAUACACGAUUUUACAGACUU